ACUAAUAGUAAAAAUGAUGAAUUUAUGAAGUCAACAGGGGCUCUAGCUAAGAAUUUCUUAGUAUGAUGUCAAAAGUUGAAUAAUGGCAAAGAGAACACCUCAUAUGUCAUCUCCAGAUGCUAGAAAUAAUUUCAAAACGAAGAUUACAGACAGUUUGCCUCUUCUUGGCUUUUUAAACAAUGAAGACAAAGAAGAUAUCUGGAGAUUCUGGAAAACUAUUUCCUCUGCUGUGAAAAUUGCUGUAAAUGGCAAAGGUGACUUUGUGGAUACACCUCGCAGAAAUUCCAAGGUAGCAAAAUAUACUAGGGAGAGACAGUUGGAAGAAUAUCGCAUUCAGCAGCUGGAUAGAAACGCUAUAACAAUUUAUGCCCCUGUUAAAUGUGCUGAAAAGGGUUACAGAAAGUAUCAUGUCUUAAAGUUAGCGAACCAAAAAAAGAUAGCAGACUAUUACGAGACAGUGCCUUCAGUAGAAUCUGAAGCUUCAAGUACAGAGGGUAAUCUGUCAGAAGUUGACCUUGAUAAUUUUGAUUUUACGCACAUUGCUAAUAAUAGCUCUAAUACUCCAGGAAAAAGUGAGACAGAUGUAGAACCUGAACCAUCUGGUGAAAAUUUUCAUGAAGCUGUUGAUGAGGACUUGCAAUCAGUACGAAGCUAUUUCAAAGUAAACCAAGAUGCUUUGUCUGCACAAAACUCAACCUUAUUACCCCCCACAAACAAUGCAACUGAAACCAGCCCAUCCAAGGCUGAAAAAUCGAAACCCAUUAAAAAAAUUUGGCCAGUUGGGCGACCAACUACAAGGUCAUCUUCAGCUGCUCGGGUCAUCCGGGACAAAUUUGGAGACUCCCGAAAUAUUGAGCUGGAAGAUUCUAAAGAAUACAUUAAAAAAGAUUGCAUUUCACAGGCAAGAAAAGAUGAUUUAGAAGUAGACUCCAUAACAUUCUACCCUAGUGUAAAGAAAGAGGUGUCUGAAGAAGAUGAAGACUUUAACAUUACAAUAGUCCCUGUUGGUAACACUGUGAUGCAGAUCUCAGAAAGCCUUAGUGAAAAACAUUCAGGUGACAAUGAGCUCUUGGACCAGCAACAAACAAAUGAAGCCCAUGAUAUUGAAAGUGAGGUACCAAUGUAUCAUCAAAACAUUCAAAAUGACAACCUCAUGCCUACAUUCCAGUUGCAAGUAUCACUUGGUGAUAUGACUCCUUCAGACCCUCAGUGCUUAGACAGUAAUAAAGUUGUCAUUGAUGCUGAUGAGCAGCUUGAUCAACGUUCUUACACAAACAAUAUUGUGGAGUUAAAUGUUGAAAUGCCGACAUCAUCAGUUUUUAAAUCUGAUAUUGAACCCCAAAGAAACGAACAGCAAAUAGUCCUUCAGAGUCAUUUAACACCCCGCAAUGCUUCUGAUAUAGAAACUAUCAUCUCUGCACUUGAGGAAGAGCUCAAGAAAGCUGGAUCUACUGGUGCCAUUGUCGACCCAAAAGAGUGUGAUAAGAAUUUGGCUUCAGUGGAUACUAUUGUGUCUGUGGCUGAUGUGCAUGAGUCCUUUGAUGAACAUUCAGGCCAGACUGUUCAAAUUCUGGAAGGGGAGGAAAUCAUUGAGGUUCAGCACGUCGGAAAUGUUAUCUGGACUUCAGAUGGUGAGGUUCAGGUACUGAGUCAAGCCCACAUGGUUGAUAAUUCAGUGGCUGUGGAGGCUGGUGUAAGCUACGAUGGCCAGCCAGUUGAAACCCAAUAUGAUGUUGUGGAGUAUGAGAUUCUAGAAGACAGGAAACUGAAAAGAGGGAGGAGGAAAAAGGUUAAGGAUGAGGCUGAUGGGGUCAAGGCAGAGGUUAUUGAUAGAACUUGCCCAAUUUGCCAUAGGGUUUUAAUUUAUGCAUCAUCAAUGUCAGCCCAUAUGAGAACCCAUACAGGUGCCCGACCCUACAGCUGUGGCCAGUGUGACAGAAAGUUUACAACUAAGGCCAACAGAGACAGACAUGAAGCCACCCAUGUGGGCCUCAAACCUUUCCAGUGCAGCCAGUGUAGUAAAAGUUUUACUGAGAAAAGGUCACUUAAGAUACACAUGCGCACUCAUACAGGGGAACGCCCAUUUGUAUGUACAAUAUGUGGUAGAGGUUUUACUCAAAAGUGUACCUUGAAAAUUCACAUGGAUCGACAUAGCAACAAGAAAGGUCACCUGUGUGAUCUGUGUGGAAAAGCUUUCAGACAAAAAUGUCAACUAGAGGUGCAUGUAAAGCGUCAUAAGCGCCAAGCCAGUUAUCCUUGUAAUGAAUGCUCAACCAAGUGCUACACCAAAGGUGAUUUGGUUCGGCAUAUGAUCAAGCACACUGGUGAAAGACCAUUUCGCUGUCAGCUGUGUAGCCGUGCAUUUACCCGCAAACAAUACCUUGUUGACCAUGAGAACCAGCACUAUGGCCGGAAGCCUUACCGCUGCAGUUUGUGCUCCGCCACCUUCCAUGAUAUGGGGUCCUGUCACAGGCAUCUCAGAAAACAUAAACAGGAUGACGAUGGUGAAAAUAGCAAAGGUCCAGUAAAAUCAGCUUUACUUAGUAGUACAGACUUUCACAGAAUCUUAGAGGGAACACAAAUAGGACAGAUUAUAAAAAUGGAUGAUGGUACGGAGGCUCUAGUUAAAGCAGUGACAGCAGAGGCAGAUGGCAGCACUGUCUAUCACAUCACGUGCCUGGGAAAGCCUGAAGACAAGCCUAAAGACAGCACAGACACGAUGGCAGGCAACUCUGAAUCCUCUGAGGAGAAUGUUCUGGAAGAUGGAGGCACAGAAGGCAGCAACUGAGAUUUCCUUUAAUCUAGUUAGAAUUUGGUUGUUUUUUUUUAUUGUGAAUCACUCUAGAAACUGAGUGACAAUUGUUUCUAACAAAUUGUAAAUGCUUAUAUUGUCCAUAUGUGAAAAAAAAACAUUUACCUGUUUAAACUCA